CUUCCUUGGGUCUACAGUGCAUCAGUUUUCAGGGACAGAGGGUUGGCGUCCCAGCACUAAGGAGGGGCUGCAUAUCAGGCCUCAUGAACUGCAAGGGGACCCCAGACAGGAGCCCUGCCAUACCUUGACCCCUGCCUGUGCCAGCCCUUUCACCAGGGCAUCAGGGUGACUCUGGCCAGUCCUGUGAUCUCUCUGAAUCCCCACUUCCCCACAUGUAAAUUGAGAGGGUUGACCAGAUGAAAUGUCAGCUCUAUUAUCUUAUGAUAAUAGAGCCUCAGGGCACUUCAAGUGCCUGAAAUUCUAGAAGGUAAGGGUGACAAAAAAGUCACCAGGUUUCAUCAAAGCAUCAGAUUUCUGAGGCCUUGGGUGGGGGGCUCUCAGCCAACCUGGUGUCCCUGUUACAUCUGUGCUUUUCUCUCCCUAUGUCUCAGGUUGGCCAUGUGUCCAAAAGAACUAUCAUCCUCAGCACCAGCCAUGGCACCCCAUGUCCUCAGGGAAGACCCAUUUGUUAUGACAGUUUCUCAGUAAUUGCAGACUUUUGUUCAAGUAACAUCAUCACAGGAGAAGGCCCAGAGCAGAAGGACUCUCUAGAGGCAAAAGGGGAGCAAUGCCCUCACACCAAGCCUGUCGCUCCUCUCUUUUGCUUUUCACAGGGACAGCUGCCCUCUGUUACCGCAGUGGGGCCCUCUGCUACCUUCUGUGCCUCAUUGCCUGCCUGCCAGGCCAGGACUCCAUGGCUGGGAGCAGCCUGCAGUGCUCCAAGGACUUUCACUACCUUGGUGGCAGGACAGCUCAGCGGCCGUGCCUCACCAGAAUCUGCAGCCGGCUCCCAAGACUCAGAGAAAGCAAAGACUACCAGUGUUACCUGCCCAGGCAAGAGCCAAAAGCAAAGCAUACUGCCCAUGUCUUCUGCCCUCUGGGCUACUUCUUCAUAGACAGAGUCCUUAGCUGCCAGCCUCGCCCCACAGGGCACUGGCCAAAGGACAGCAGUGGAAGAGGAAUGGAGGGAGAGCCCCUGCACCUGCGGGCAGAAGGCCACUUCUGCCCAGAUGGUGCCAUCACCAUGCCAUGCCUGGCCAGGACCUUUGAAAGCAGGAGGGAGACACCCCACCCCAACACCAGCUUCUGCUCAGCAGUUCUCAGCCAGUGUCUGCAGUGCCCAGCGGGUUACUUCUGCCCCAACCAAGCCACCCAACCCAUCCCAUGCCAGCCAGGCACAUUUAGCCCGAAUCCAGGCCAGGAUGAAACCACAGACUGCGUUCCAUGCCCAGCAGGCAAGGCCUGUACCCAGGCUGGGCUGACUCAGCCAGAUGCAGAGUGCACACCGGGGUAUGUGUGCCCUGUGGGCUCUUCCAGCCCCAAUGCUCCCACCCAUGCCUGCCCACCCGGGACAUUCAGCAGCCGCAACAACCUCUCUGACCUGUCACAGUGUGAGGUCUGCCCCUCGGGAGUAGCCUGUCCUAGGGGAACUGGAAGUCCAAACUGGCCCCCUAUCCCCUGUCCAGCUGGCCAUUAUUGCCCUCUGGGCACCAAACGGCCGACCCAGUUCCAGUGUCCCCCAGGCACCUGGAGUAACCAGACUGGACUAACAGCAGUCGAGGAGUGUGUACCUUGUCCCAGGGGCUGGUUCUGUGUCACUGGAGCCCAGCUUCCCUCAGGGACAUGCAAAGCUGGGCAUUACUGCCCACAAGGUACAAUGUGGAGCACCCAGUUCCCUUGCCCAGCAGGCACCUACAGCUCUCAAGCAGGCAACAGCCAGAUGGAAGACUGUCUGCCAUGUCCCCCAGGAGCCUUCUGCCCCCGUGGUGCCCCCAAGCCCGUGCUCUGCCCACGGGGAACCUCCCACCAGAGUCUGGGUGCAAGGCUGGCUGUGGCCUGUGUGCUUUGCCCUGCAGGUCACCACUGCCCUGAGCCAGGCACUGCUACUCCACAGCCCUGUGGUGCUGGAAGCUUCUCUGGUCCAGGCCAUCUCUGGUGCCAAAAGUGCUCAGGAGGAAAGCUCUGCAAUCAGACAAAAUUGGCCCGCCCCAUAGCAUGUCCACCUGGGCACUACUGCCCAGCCCCAGGCCUGCUGACCAUCCCUUGUCCCAUGGGCACUUUCCGAGAGGCCCCUGGGGCAGCACGUGUGGAAGACUGCCAGCUGUGCCGCCCUGGGGCCUUCUGUGGCAGAACAGGCCUGACUGAGCCCCAGGGGCUAUGCAGUCCUGGGCACCACUGUGGGCCUGGUUCCAACACCUCCUCUCCGGUGAGUGCAGGCCCUCCUGGGCCUAAGGGAGGCAAGGCUGGCCUGAGCUCAGAGGCCUGGGCUGGAGUCAGGGGACACCAGUACCUACCUUUAGGGCUCAUGGCCUCUGGGGGUAACAGAGCAAAAAUGGUGGGAUGUUGCAGAGACAGAGCCAGUAAAACUGCAACCAUUAAACAUGGCCAAUAAAAAUGUGGAAGGGCCAAAGUAUUUAAUAUCAGUUUCCAGCUUUUACCUAAAAAGCCACCAAAUACAAAUAAGUCAUCAGUUAGGUAAAAGCACAACAGAGCUGACAAUUAAGACACAUGAACCAAAGCUAUUUCUAUACAAUAUGCAUCUACUAAUCAUCAAAAGUAAACACAGUUGCUGAGGCCCUAAGAAGACACUGCUGAGGGAUAGAGUCCAUUUCCAGUGGGCUGCACCUGGGCCCAGGCUGCUGGACAACAAUCGUGAAACAUGUUGACAAGAGCCUCAAGGCAGUUUGUACCCUUUGAUGCAAUACUCAUGUGGGAAAGAACAUAAAAGGGGAAAAAAUGUCAUUCAUUUAAAUACGUUUAAAGAUGUUCAAAACACCACACAUUUUAACAGCAAAAACACAACACAAAACAACACAAAGGCCCAGUAAUAGGAAAAUAUCUAAGCACAGAUAUGGAAUACCAUCCAGCUGGAUAAUAGGUGACAGUUAAUAAUAAUGACAGAUAGAUAUACUGUCAAUACAUAGAUGACUGAAAGAUGAUACAUAGGUAAGAGUGAGAGAGAUAAGACCGACAGACAGAUGUGCCUUACCACAAGUGUAGCAGCACUUUCAGCAAAUAGGCAGAGAAGUGGGAUUGUUUAGGCUACUCAACAUUAAAAUUUAUUUCAUUUUUCUGAAAAGUUAGACUCCCAGAGCAUUUCCCAGAAGUGAGUGUAAGUCAGGUUGAUGCGUGUAAAUGAGCAGGAGUGCACUACUGGCUGACUGAGGCAGGCCUCCUCACAGAGGGGUUCAGAAGGACUAUGAGGGAGCCCAGUGGAGAGAACCCCCUUGUUCUCAACUUUUAAAAUUCAACUGGACCCUCUUCCUCUAGGAGGGACUCCCCUUUGGUGACCUCUGCCCUGCUGGCCAUUUCUGCCCUGCUGGCACCAAGGAUGCCAGGCAGAGGCCCUGCCCAGUUGGCACCUGGAAUGCAGAGAGAGGGGCACAGGAUGUGAGCUGGUGCCUGCCCUGCCCACCUGGGUUUUUCUGUGCUGCAGCAGGCCAGGCUGCCCCCAGGGGCCCGUGUGCACCAGGUGAGGGCAUCCAUAUCUCCCCCGAUGGCCUGGCAGGAAAAGCACCAAGCAGAGGAUGGUCAGGUCUGCCACCUGGGCUCUGGCCCUAGGACCCUCAGCUCCUGAGGUAGAGACAUGUUAGCGAGAGCUUAGGGGAAGUGUGCCCAGGUCAGUGAGGCUCGGCUUGGCCUUGGAAGGCAGGCUGGAGACUACUAGGUGCCCCUUCUAAAUGGAUUGUUCCAAGUCCUGAGGCCUAGAUGAGGGGGAAGGAGAAGGAA